UUUCACCAAUUCAGAGAAUAAGAGGCGCCCGAGCAAGCUAGCUCAGGAGGACGCACUACUUAGUAAAAUAGGGUAUCUCCCAAAGCAAAUCACAGCCCGCGGAUCAAUUUGUGGUGCAGGAAGAUAUCUGCUUGUUGGCACUGCGCAGUAAUCUCAUCAAGGGUUGCAGCCAGGCCAAUGGCCCUUGUCGUGAUCUGCGGCCAUCCUUGCAGUGGGAAGAGCACACUCGCUCGCUUUCUGGAAGAAGCCCUUAAGGUAGCAGGUGCGCAGACAGUGGUGAUUCUCGGUGAAGACUCUCUCAAUCUGACCAAGAGGGAUGCAUACAAAGACAACAACGCUGAGAAGAACCUGCGUGGUGUUCUGCGGUCAACAAUUGACAGAAUGGUUUCCAGGGACAAGGUGGUAAUUGCGGACUCGCUCAACAAUAUCAAGGGGUACCGCUACGAGCUGUGGUGCAUUGCGCGUGCUGAGGGGACGCGCUACUGCAUGGUGCACUGCGAUGUACCCCAAGAGACAGCCCAUGAGUGGAAUGCUGGACGGGAGCCCACUGCUGCAUACCCUCCCGAGAUUAUGGACGAUCUACUUCGGCGCUUUGAGAGGCCAGACGGACGCAACCGCUGGGACUCGCCACUCUUUACCCUCUACCCGGACCGAGACGAGCUCAGUCCGUCCUCGCCAGGCAUACUCGAGAUCGUGGAAGCGAUGGUGGGCGAACAGAAGACUGCAACGGGACGGGUCUCAAAAACACUGAAACCAACGAUCGCCACACAAAACGCGCGCAUGUCCGACACCAACCUGUUGUACGAGCUGGACCGGGCGACACAAGAGAUCUUGAGCGCUCUUGUAGAAGCUCAAGCAAACGGACCUUCGGGAUCCAUGACUGUAGGAGAAGGGCUGCCCCCGGUCCAUGUAGAGAGGCUGAUCAAUCUUCCAGAGUUAAGGCGGUACAAAAGGACGUUCAUCAAGCUAGCGUCACAAAAUAUGGGCGCCGCCCCGCAUGAUACGCUCACUGCCAAGAGGAUGUUCGUUGACUACAUAAAUCGAGAAAUUGCUUCAUCACGGACGUGACCUCAUUGUUCUGGAACGCGUCUUAAUUUUGCAGCCGUCUACGUUGUUCAGUGC